AUGAACCCCGGUGGACGUCCUGCACAGGCCGGCGCGGAGAGGAAGAAAAGCUCCCUAUGGUACAGACGUUCACUGAGAGGCAGCUACGAUCAGUACAGACAGCGACACAGCACCGACUCUCUGCCUAGAACAGCCAAGCCCAAACAAUUUCUGGUAGACUAUUGUGAUCCCCAAAGAAUGACCGUUGUCUUGGAAAAGGAAGACAAUGAAGCAUUCGGAUUUGAAGUUCAGUCUGACAGCCUGCAGCUGAGGAGCAGCUCUGCAGUGGAGAUUUGCUCAUUUGUGAGCAAAGUGGUGGAGAACAGUGCUGCGGAGACUGCCGGUUUGUCCGCAGGAGACGUCAUCAUUACCGUCAACGGUAAUAGCAUUGAAGGAUUCUCUCAUCAGCAGGUCAUCGAUCUGAUAAGAGGAUCGGCCAACAGUUUAAAACUGGAGACUGUAUGCAGCAGCGUGGUGAAGUGGAUUGAGUUGGAGAAAAGGGUGAACCAGCUUAAACAAUCGUUGAACGAGAAACUGAAAGAGCUGCAAGUGCUUACUUUACGGGAAGAACGCCUAAUUCGAGGCACUUUGAAAGAAAGCAACCCCUCAACAGAUUCCUCUGAAGUUCAGAACUCCCCCAUGGGCCACCGUAGCCUAUGCUUGUCCAGCGACAGCAGUUGCAAAGGCCUGAUGACAGACGACAGCGACCAGGGCAGCGUGUUUGGGGACCUGAACUCGCCCAGCCCCUUCAGCCCCGCCAGCGUCACCCAAGAAUACUUCUUCUCACACCGGCACUCGAAUCAUCACCAACAUCUCGUCGGCCGAUCGAGCAGCUCCAGUUUGGCCAGCAGCAGCAGUAGCAGCAUCGGCUCACAGUCUCCUACCUGGGACAGAGCGAGGGUCACCUCUUUGUUCGGUACCAUGCCCAGAAAAAGCAAACGGACCAGUAUUCGGAAAAACAUCCUUAAGUUGAUUCCUGGGCUGCAUCAGAGAUCGGUUGAAGAAGAGGAGACUUAA